AUGGGUUCAUACGGAAUGGACGUUGAUGAUGCAUACUUACAUCAAGGACAAUACUCAGCUCCUUACGAUAAUCAAUAUCAACAAGAUGACGAUACCCCUAGCCCUAGAGGAGAAAAUCAUACACCUUUUGUAGGAUAUUUUAGUUCACAUUUAUUAAGAACAGGUUUUUUUUUACAAUGCGUAUCAUUAGUAUUAAUGUUUGUAUUUUAUUGGGCUUUUGGAGGUACAGGAAUUUUUAUUUUUGAUUUAUAUGCUGGACCAGAAUGUGUUAAAGUUUCAAGCACCUUUCAUUUAACAAUAUCUAUUUUAAUGGCUAUAUAUUUAUUAGGUACAUUAUAUAUUGCCAUGUUUCAAGUUUUUGUAGCUGAUAAUAGUAAAUGGUGCCGUGGAUUCAGAGCAGGAUCCAAAUUAUUAUCUGCAGCUGUCACAUUAGAUCUCUUAUCAUCUAUUUUAAGAUUAGUACAAUAUUUAUAUGCCUACUUCUAUAUGAGUAUGAGAUGGUGGGCAAGAUACCAACAAACCAAAUCUGAUUGGACCCUCUUACAUUUUGGAAGUAUAGUUCACAGUUUUGCUUUGUUCAUUUAUGGAGCUGCCUUCUUCUAUAUGGAAGCUUAUCAUGAUGAAGGAACUUACGAAGAAUUGGCAUGGUCAAACUUGACCCUCUUCAAAUUGGCUGGUUUAGCAGAACUCAUUAUGGUGUUUUCUGGAUUCGGAGCCUUUUUCUCUAUCUUAUUAUUGGGAGCCAUCGUAUGUGCAACUGUAUGGGCCUUUUCUUUCGAGCCUUUAUUGGAGAAAUGGUCCCCUGAAUUACAUAGUCGAGAUAUUAAUGCUGAUGUAUUACCAGAAAUAAAACAUGAAGAUGAGCAAUGUGUAUAUAAUGAGGAGAAUAUAUAUGAACCAUAUAGUGUCAAUCCUGAUAAUAUAGAAUAUGGUGAAGAGAUGGUAGCAAAGAAUAUGAAUGAAAAAUAUAUUGAUGGAAAUACAUAUGAUUCAAAUAUAUAUGCAGCAAAUAAUGGAAUUCCAACAACUUAUGAUUAUACUCAAAUUGAAGGACAAUUGAAAAAAAAUGUAGAAAUGGGCGUAACAGAAAAUAAUUAUAUUAAGGCAGCUCAAUAUUGA